AUGGGUAUAGUUAUUGGAAAUCAUAGCAAAAUAGGUACAACUGUGGAAAUUGUUGAAGGGCCAGCAGGGCAACAACGACCAAAAGGGCCACCUGGUGGUGGUGGUCCUGGGUCUCAGGGUCCUAAAGUUGACCAUGGACAAGGACCAAAAGGAGAUAUUGGUCCUCAGGGUCCAAAAGGUGACAAAGGAGACACCAGUCCUGAAGGUCCUAAGGGUGAUAAAGGGGACACUGGAGCACAGGGACCUAAACCUGAUAAAGCUGUUAACGAUUGUGUCCCCAUGAUUGAGAUAAAAUUAGCUAAUUGUGCUCCAUGGAUUGACGCUGAGGUUCUUAAAGCUGUUAGAAAGAAAGAGAGACUUAGAAAGCAGGCCAAAAAGUGA